CCCGGGCGGCGGCAGCUCCAAGAUGGCGCAGGCGAUCUUCGAGGCCCUGGAGGGAAUGGACAAUCAAACAGUUCUGGCUGUCCAGUCCUUAUUAGAUGGCCAAGGAGCAGUCCCUGACCCCACAGGACAAAGCGUAAACGUGCCGCCUGCCAUCCAGCCAUUGGAUGACGAGGAUGUCUUUCUCUGCGGGAAGUGUAAGAAGCAGUUCAACUCACUGCCGGCCUUCAUGACCCACAAGCGUGAGCAGUGCCAGGCAAAUGCCCCUACCCUGGCCACGGUCUCGCUGGCUACCAACAGCAUCUAUACACCGUCAGCAGCACCUGCUGCCGUCCAGCAGGCCCCGCCUCCUGCCAACCGCCAGAUCUCCACGUACAUCACAGUGCCCCCAUCCCCACUGAUCCAGACCCUGGUGCAAGGGAACAUCUUGGUGAGCGACGAUGUGCUUAUGUCUGCCAUGUCUGCCUUCACAUCCCUGGACCAGCCAAUGCCUCCAGGGCCCCCACCUGUGCAGAACAGCUUGAACAUGCAUCCUGUGCCCAAUUACCUCACCCAGCCUCCACCUCCUCCUCCACCCCCUCCACCCCUCCCUCCACCCUCCCAGCCUCCCCCUCCUCCACCCCAGACUCUGGGCCCUUCUGGGCGUUCCAACCCUGUUGGGAACAGUGUGGUGGAGGUGUACAAUGCCGCUGCUCCCAUGGCUGGGAACGGAACAGUGGAGAUCCAGGCUCUGGGGAUGCAGCCGUACCCGCCCCUGGAGGUACCAAGCCAGUGUGUGGAGGCUCCAGUGUACCCCACUCCCCCGGUGUACAGCCCUGGCAAGCAGGAAUUCAAACCCAAAGGACCCAGUUCCACUGCCCCCAUGACCAGUGCAACUGGGAGCACGGUGGCCACCUUUGACUCCCCACCAACACUGAAGACCAGACGUGUUAAAGGUGCCGGUGGACUCCCAGAAGCUGCAGGGAAGCCAAAAGCCCAGAAACUCAAGUGCUCCUACUGUGACAAGUCAUUCACCAAGAACUUUGAUCUUCAGCAGCACAUCCGAAGCCACACAGGGGAGAAGCCCUUUCAGUGCAUCGCGUGUGGCCGUGCCUUUGCCCAGAAGUCUAACGUCAAGAAGCACAUGCAGACUCAUAAGGUGUGGCCUCCAGGGCGAAGUGGCGGCACAGUCUCCCGAAACUCUGUGACAGUGCAAGUCAUGGCUUUGAACCCCAACAGGCAAGAAGAGGAAGACACGGGGUUGGGUCAGUCCCUGUCCAACACUGCGCAGCCCCAGGCCUUGCCCACGGCAGGUGAGGAUGAAGGUGACAAGCCAGAGGCCAAGCAGGUGGUCCUCAUCGACAGCUCCUACCUGUGUCAGUUCUGCCCCAGCAAGUUCAGCACCUACUUCCAGCUCAAGUCCCACAUGAUCCAGCACAAGAAGGAACAGGUGUACAAGUGCGUGGUCAAAAGCUGUGCCCAGAUGUUCCCCAAGCUGGACACCUUUCUGGAGCACAUCAGAAGCCACCAGGAGGAGCUGAGCUACCGCUGCCAUCUCUGUAGCAAGGACUUCCCCUCACUGUAUGACCUGGGCGUACACCAGUACUCCCACAGCCUCCUGCCGCAGCACAGCCCCAAGAAGGACAGCACCGUCUACAAGUGUGUCAAGUGUGUCAACAAAUACUCCACUCCCGAAGCCUUGGAGCACCACGUGCAGACGGCCACUCAUAGCUUCCCCUGCCCGCACUGCCAGAAGGUCUUCCCCUGUGAACGCUACCUGCGGCGUCACUUACCCACCCACGGCAGUGGUGGCCGAUUCAGGUGCCAGAUCUGUAAGAAGUUCUUCCGGAAGGAGCACUACCUCAAGCUGCACGCCCAUAUCCACUCAGGUGAGAAGCCCUACAAAUGUUCAGUGUGUGAGUCUGCCUUCAACCGCAAAGACAAGCUGAAGAGACACAUGCUGAUCCAUGAGCCCUUCAAGAAGUACAAAUGCCCCUUCUCGAUGCACACGGGCUGCAGUAAGGAGUUCAACCGGCAGGACAAGCUGAAAGCCCACAUCCUCUCCCACGCUGGCCUGAAGCUCCACAAGUGUGGGCUGUGCAGCAAGUCCUUCAGCCGCCGAGCCCACCUGGCAGAGCACCAACGCGCCCACACGGGCAACUACAAGUUCCGCUGCGCGGGCUGCGCCAAGGGCUUCUCACGACACAAAUACCUCAAAGAUCACCGCUGCCGCCUGGGCCCCACCAAGGACAAGGACCUGCAAGCCCGGCGGCCUCCACGGAGGAGGGCAACGGCGCGUGGUGGCGGCAGCAUCGCCAGCAUGCACAAGGAGGAGAACCCCAUGCCGGACCCGCUGGGGCUGGAGGAGCUGAAGGCCGCAGGGCCCUCUCCUGAAGCUGCCCCUGGCAAGCCACCCUUCGAGCAGGAUGCUGUGUUGUCCAUUGUGGUGGGCGGGGACCCGGAGCUGGUGGUGCCUGGGCACACGGAGGGUCUGGGCUCCAACCUGGCACUUGCCGAGCUGCAGGCUGGCACCGAGGGAGGGUGUGCCAUGCUCGCCGUCCCAGUCUACAUCCAAGCCUCGGAGUAACCAGGCUGGACUACCUGGUGGUGUGUGUGUUGGGGGCGGGGAGGGUGCACUGGCACAAUCCCUUUUGGAAGUUACUGUAUCAACCUUGCCCAGUUACUGUCCUCCCGUGCCCCGAGAUUAUGUGGGGAAACCUGCAGCACUCCCAGGGUCGGAGGCAGGCACUGUAGCUCUGGGGCAUAGCAGUGGUAAGAGAGAUGGCCAGAACAUGAAGUGCCCAGCUGAUGGAGGCUGGUACUUGGGCAUCCUCUAAGACACGGUAGGGUGAUCCCACCCAGGUAACCUGGUAACCAUCCAGGUUGUGCUGCUCUUUAGGAUGCUGGCUGGAUGUGGCUGGAGUCCUUAUGUGUUAAACACUUCUUGAUGAGGGAUUCCUCAGACGACUGUAUGAGGUGAGUAUAUAAGAGGCACUUAGCCUGGGGCAUAGACUGUAGCUGCCAGCCAGCCCUUGCUUCAGAUUCACCAGUGUGACCUGAGCAAGCGAGUCACCUCUUUCUACUCCAUGUUCCUCACCUGUACAACAGGACUUCGUAUAGCACUACCUCCUAGAGUGUCCCGAGGACAUAGUAUACUAAAAUGUGCAAAGGACUGGGCACAGUACCCAUGGCCUGGCAAGUGCUCAAUAAAUCUCAAUAAAUGUUUUUACCAACCAUAUGGGUCCAAACCA